AUGGAACAAUGGUGUACAAGACUGAAUUCUUUGUUUCUCCUUAAAUGUCGUAUCUCAUUCUUUUCUUUUUUUUUUUGUCUCUCCUUACCUGUCAUCGCUCAUUCGUUUUUUUGUCACUCCUUAGCUGUUAUCCUUCAUUCGUGUUUUUCCUCACUCCUUACCCGCCGUCUCUCAUUCGCGUUUUUCGUCUCUCCUUAUCCGCCGUCUCUCAUUCGCGUUUUUCGUCUCUCCUUAUCCGCCGUCUCUCAUUCGCGUUUUUCGUCUCUCCUUAUCCGCCGUCUCUCAUUCGCGUUUUUCGUCUCUCCUUACCCGCCGUCUCUCCUUACCCGCCGUCUCCUACCCGCCGUCUCUCAUUCCCGCCGUUUCCUUACGUCUCUCCUUUUCCUCUUCUUAUCCGCCGUCUCGCAUUCGUUCAUUCUCUUCACUCUUGUUUCUAUUUUUCUUUUUCGUUCUUUAAAAUAUCUUUUUCUAAAUUCGUCUUUCUUUUACGUUCUCUUCAUAAAUCUUUCUAUCUGCAUCUUCCAAUGUUCCACUCCGAUGAAAUUCCUUCAUUUACUUGUGAAUAGACGUCGCUCUGAACAAUACUUACAAAAUGAAGCAGAGAAAAAAAAAUCUUAA